AUGGGACGUGGAGACUCUAUAACUAAACUUCAUUGUCACAAGUCUGAUGUGGAAAGUUGUGAAGGAGUUGAGUUUGACAUUGAUAAAAAAGAUAAGAGGAAGAGAAAGGGUUCAAAUCAAAGAGUUGAGGGGCCAGAUGGAAAGAAGGGCAGGAAACAAGUGAUAUCUUCUGAUAGUGAAGAAGGUGAUAACCAGGAUGAUACUUCAGGUACUUGUGUGGUUGGAUCUGAUUUGGGAGAUGGAGGUGCUUUGUUGGACAUAUUUAGGUGGGAAGAUACUCCUAAACUCGAAGAAUAUCUCAAAAAACAUUUCAGAGAGUUUAGAUAUUCUUUCUGUAUUCCACUGCAGCAGGUUAUACACCCAAUUCAUGAUCAAACAUUUUACUUAACCAUGGACCAUAAAAGGAAGCUCAAGGAAGAGUGUGGGAUUGAAGAUGCUGUCUUAAUACCUGCUGGAUGUGCCCAUCAAGUCGCAAAUCUAAAGGGAUCAUCAGGGCUUGAUGUUGUGGGGAUGAAUUGCCAUGUCACAAAUCUACCCAAAUCUACAGGUAUGGAGAUUAAAGAAUCCGUGCAGUCAGAUUCCAGGCAUUUAAGGCAAGAAUAUCAUAAAAUUUCUCUUCUUUCUAGGGUUAUAUCAUAA